GCACCCACAGCACCCACAGCACCCACAGCACCCACAGCACCCACAGCACCCACUAUGGCCGUCUCCAGCCUGCAGUACUCUAUGGGCAUCUCCAGCGGGUUUAAAGUCUACAUCCUGGAAGGGCAGCACAGCUCUCGGGAUCCAGAAAGGCUGCGGCCCCUGAACAACCACGGGAUCCCAGUGUAUCCAAUCAAACGCAAGCUCAGCCCGGACCCGCCAAGGAUUGCCAAGAGAAUGUGCCCCAUGAGCGCCCCCAGCAGGGUGAAGCCCAACCCCCCUCCUGUGAGUGUAAGGGCCCCGGCUGGAGCCCCCCUGCUGAACAACUGCGGCCCCCAUUUCAGCUUGGAGCAGGUCCUCAGAAGGCUGAUGCCCACAAAGGCUGCCAUGGAGAGGCCGGUGCCCGCUGCCAGCCCAGACGAACAGCCCCUGGCACUGGUGAAAAGGGCACAGAAACCCAGUGAGCAAGCACAACCCUCGCCAGCCCUCCUGCAGCAGAUGCGACCAUCUGUCAUUACUUGUGUCUCCAGGCAAAAGCCAGUGGCCCAACCUCCUACAGAAGCAGCGAAUCCCUCCAGGACCUGUGUGACUAAAGGUCUAUCCAGAACGCCAUCACCUGAUGUAGAAGAUCACUUCCAGAGAAGCCUGGCCUUGGCUCACAAGCGGCCGAUUGCUCCUCGGCCAAUCCCAACGCCCCAGUCCAGCAGUAUCUCCGUAGAGGAACAUUUCUCCAAAGCUCUGGGAUCCAAGUGGCUGUUGAUCCGAGCGGCCGCCGACUCUCCCUCCUCCCCAGAGGGCCGGGGCAGGAGGCUUGUCUAGGGUCUCUCUGGCCAGCAGGACUGUAAAUGGACUUGUACAGUGUAAAUAUAUUUAUUGGGUUGGACGGAGUUGGGGGGAGGGGCUGUUCUGCGGGUUUGGGGGGCGGGGUUUGUGGGGCCAAUGUUUGUACAAAAGGAAAUUCUUUAUCUCUUGAAUAAAUUGAGAAAAUAA